AUGGGCUACUCUGAAGUUUAUUGUCACCUUUGUGGCGUCAGCUUCAACAUCAACCGCUCCCGUACAUUAAAGGAACCCCGCAGCGCAACAUUGGGCGAUGAUCCAGAUGAACUUACACUCGAGGAGUGUGCUGAGCGAGAGACCUGCUUCUUCAUCUACAGGCAUCCCUACGAUCCGGAACCUACUGUUGAUAUCGGACCCGAGUUCGCCGUAAGUUCGUCCAAAAGGUUUCUCGAGAGUAUCCAAUCGAUAGAACCCGAUGUGGAUGGGGGAGCAUGGGAGCACUUCCCAGGUCCAGAUUGCGCAAACGAAACUGCCUACAACGGACACAACAUCUCCGUCGAGGCUAUGAGAGGCUGCAACGUUGUCCAAUGCCUUGUGCGCAAAUCCGACGACUGGCAACCUGAGCCUGAUGAUGAACCAUUUGAACUUUCAGGAACGCUCUUCCUCAGUGGACUCAGUGGAAGCAUGCCCAGCAGGGAUAUGUCGUCUCCGGAAGUGUUUCCCGAGCGGCAUGGAGAAAUGAGCCCGGCAGCCGAGAACUGCAUGUGGGAUGCUGAGCCAAUUCAAGAGUAUGCCAUGCCUUUUCACCCAACCUGCUUUGAGAUCUUCAAGAGAGCUUCAAUACGUCGAUACGGUGCUGUGGAUGUCGAGUGCCUCAUGCAAUGGUGGAAACUCGAGCCUUCUUACGACGACUUUCAGAGCUUUCCUCGAGAUCCUGCAGUUGAGAUGGCCCAGGAGCAGUGGUGGCAGCACAAUCAAGGAGACGAGUUUCUCGUUGCCAACCCUUGCUUCGUGCCUGGUCUGGAAUCCAUCUUAUCCUCCACACAAUAUUCGGAAGUUGACAGGGAUCAUUCCGGGCUAACGCCCACGGCUAUUUUACCAAAAGCGACGCCAAUGGAUCCAUUCUCACGUCUUCCAGCUGAGAUUCGACUUUCCAUCCUGUCACUCCUCGACUUCAAAGACGUUGCCAACCUUAGGCUUACCUCCCGGGUAUUCCUACAGCUACCUAAGUCACUAUUCCAUCAACUUACCAUAAGCAACACGCCGUGGCUUUAUGAAGCAUGGUCAAACUUGCCUCUUUCCUUCUGGGCCACUACGACCCCGUCUGAGCUGGAAAGAAAUCCUGAGCCGCCCCGCAUGCCCCGCCCUACGACAUCAGUCACCUCACUGGACAUCACCAAGACCGAUUGGUUCAAGCUUCAGACUGAGAUCAGCCGCAACUGGCAGAAAUUACCUGGACUACAGAACAGACGCAGGAUCUGGAAGGAUUGUGAAGAGAUCCUCGAUCGCGUGGAUUCGUACCGGAAACUGGGAAAGAUAGAGCCAAGAAGUACGGUCGAUGUUAAGUAG